UCUCUCUCUCUCUCUCUCUCUCUCUCUCUCUCUAGUUCUGAACUGCAGCAGCUGCAAACUCCGGUGGAUGCAACAAAGCGAGAAAUGCUACCUCUUCCGGAACAGAGAAAUGAACUGGCACUCCAGCCGAAACCUCUGCCAGAAUGAGAACGCGGACCUGAUGGUGGUCAGAAACAAGGAUCAGAGGCCGUUCCUGAAGUUUCAUACCUCUAUGCAUUAUUACCUGGAUCCGAAGACGAAGGAAUACGACAAAUUCUGGAUUGGUUUGGCCUACGAUAUCGUGGAAAGGAGAUGGCUGUGGUUAGAUGGAACUGCUUACACGCCCAAACGAUUCGCGAAGCUGGGCGACCAUGGCUGUGCCUACAUCCAGAAUGGCAGCUUCCGCUCCCAGCCUUGCAGUGAAGUAGCCAAAAGCAUUUGCGAGACAACCGUCCAGUUUGGAUGGAGCCCGUAGUCCCGUUUAUGGGCCAGGCCACCUCUGCAGCCCAGAGACCAGUUGCCCGACCUGUCGCGGUGCUGCAGUGGGGCGAAGCUAUCGGCCUUCCCUCUCUCUCUCUCUCUGAAAGGGUGCAGGGUUUCCCGCCUGACCAGAAGCCCUCUGACUCUUUCAUGCUCCUCUCAUGCCCUUGUUCAUUCUGCUUUUC